UAGAGGGGCAAAGAAGGAGAGGAGGAGCCACAGUUUGAGUACUGAAGUCAUUAUGGCUCGGGGACUAUAAAAAGGCAGUUGCACAGUAAGUAAUUUAUACGUGAUCAGCCUUGACUCUAUGGAUUUGCUCAUUCCUUUUCCUCUAUAAUGUCCUCAGUCCCCACCAAGGAGUCCCCAGCCCCAGAUGUUGGAUGACGAGGGGGCAUGAAACUUCUGCUCUCUGGUGGAAAGGUUGCAGGCAAUGAAGAGGAAGAGCAACUGAAGGAGCAGCUCCGAUAAAUAGGUUCUUUUGCCUGUUGGAAAAUGCAUUUAUUGCACUCCUUGGCAAGUCCCUCAGAAAGAACAGAACGUAUUUGCUUCCAGAGAUGAAUACGUCCUCUCCACUGUACAUUUCUGAACUAAACCUGAGUGCCUUUGGCAGCAACUUUACUGUGCCUACUGUCAAGAGCAAGUCAUCACCAUGUGAGCAAGUGGUCAUUGCAGCUGAGGUGUUCUUAACUCUGGGGAUUGUAAGCCUCCUUGAAAAUAUCUUAGUUAUAUGCGCAAUAGUUAAGAACAAGAACUUGCAUUCGCCCAUGUAUUUCUUUGUUUGCAGUUUAGCAGUAGCUGACAUGCUGGUCAGUGUGUCUAAUGCUUGGGAGACCAUAACAAUAUACUUAAUAAACAAUAGGCACAUAAUCAUGGAAGAUGCCUUCAUCCAUCAUAUAGACAAUGUCUUUGAUUCAAUGAUCUGCAUCUCUGUGGUGGCUUCCAUGUGCAGCUUGCUGGCUAUAGCAGUAGACAGGUAUAUCACUAUCUUCUAUGCCCUGCGGUAUCACAACAUCAUGACAGUGAAAAGAUCGGGGUUUAUCAUUGCAUGCAUCUGGAUCUUUUGCACAGGCUGUGGCAUUGUCUUCAUUCUUUAUUAUGAAUCAGCUUAUGUUAUCAUUUGUCUCAUCACUAUGUUUUUUACCAUGUUGUUCCUCAUGGUCUCACUAUACAUCCAUAUGUUCCUUCUGGCUCGUACUCAUGUGAAGAAAAUAGCGGCUUUGCCUGGAUACAACUCUGUCCAUCAAAGAACCAGUAUGAAGGGAGCCAUCACUCUGACUAUGCUACUUGGCAUCUUCAUUGUUUGCUGGGCUCCAUUCUUCCUCCAUCUCAUCCUGGUGAUCUCCUGCCCUCAAAACCUCUACUGUGUUUGCUUUAUGUCUCACUUCAACAUGUACCUCAUUCUCAUUAUGUGCAAUUCAGUGGUUGAUCCCUUGAUCUAUGCCUUUCGUAGCCAGGAAAUGAGGAAGACCUUCAAGGAGAUAGUUUGUUGCUAUAGCCUGAGGAUGGUCUGUGGGUUGUCAAACAAGUAUUAGGAAAGCCAAACCAAACCAAACAGGUGAAAAGAAUUGAAAGGCAACGUCUUGCUGCUGUGUGUAAUUCUGCUGAAAGGCCUAUGGGACAUCUUUGUUCAGUUUUCAUGAUUUCUGUGGCAAUCAAAAACCUUUUUUUAAAUGUAAAACCUUUUUUGCACUCCAUGCACCUCCCUCAAGCUAGUGGUGAGGGCUACUUAGUGCAUCUGUAUUAAGGAGAGAAAAAAUAUCUUGAGUCUUAUAUGCUUGUUGAAGACUCUGGAUCUUUUAAGAGGCAUGUACAGGGAAAGCCACGUUUUCCUUUCUGCCAAAUGCAAUGAGUGUGCCCUGCCAUGCAAAUAAGCCCAUUGGCCUCUUGGUAUGCAUUUAUCUUGAUAUUCUUCGUCUCUCUAGACAUAGCAUGGCUUAUUUUAAUCCCCAGAAUAAAGAGUUUAUUUGCUGUUUUCUUCCUAAUACAUGAAAUCAGAGAAAUAGAUCCAAUUAUCAGGGUCCACAUACCCUGGUCAACACAGUUGUGACCAAGAACAUAUGCACAUACCAGAAGUUGUGUAUUGAAGUCAUGACUGUUACUGUCAUAAAAUAUGUAUUAUGUAAGAGGGCAGUGUUACUGCAAGAUUUCCUGGUCAGGAUACAGUAUUUUGUCGUAUCUGACAAUAUCUUCCUAUUUCUUAUCACUACUUCUGUGGAAAGAUGUACCAUAGGCUGAUUUUAAGCUGAUAGUAGCUGAAUAUGAAGACUGAGAUGAUUCUAAUUUGUCUGUUUUCCUCAUCCAUGAGGGCUGGGGAAGUAGAAGGUGCAUGGCUUCUAGAGAGUCACAUAAUGUUUUGUGGAGAAGUGAAGACCGGGCCAGGGGCUAGCUUUAUGUAGAAGUUAGAAAGGCAUUUCAGCUAACAGUAGCUUUUGUUAUUGGAGGAAGCUGUACUGUAGAUUACACCUUUCAAGCUGCAAGAGAGUGUUAGAUGAAGCAAAUUUGGUCACCAAGAGGGACAGCAGACAUUGGCAAAACAGGGAUCUCAGACUCAGGCCCAUGUAGCUAUACAGAAUCAUAACUCUUGCUCCCAAGCCAAACUGUUUUUUGUCUUUUUUCUGAGAGGCUUCUGUGGUUUGUAAGACCUGGAAAUCCCCAUGCACUUUGUGUGAGCAAUUUACAUCUAGUCAAAAGCAUGCUGUUCUGUAACUGCUGUGUAAUGUGCAGAAUUAUUGGAUUGGUCACGGAUGAGGGACGUACAACUGUGGCAUUAAUUUCUUGAUGCUGAGGAAUGGUACGUAUCUUGCACUGAGAUAUAAGCUAGGCAAAUACUUUAAGCAGUGGUACCCUACUAACUAGAUAUCAGAAAAUAGCUUGGAAAAAUGAAUCAUUCUUUCAAAAGCUCAAAAAAUAGCCCUCGUUACAUUUGGUUUACGGGAUGCUCUAAAACUGUUGUUGUCAACAGAAGGACUAUGGUUGGCUCAAAGGGCCUUGGAUUACCUUUUUAUGGAAGAAAUUCUGAUCAAGCGUAGGAGAAAUUCUUUUAUCAUAAAGGUGUUCAAACAUGGGAACUGGUGCCCAGCAGUUGUGCAGUCUCCAUCCUUGGAGAUAUUCAAAACUUGACUAGGCACAUCCCUCAGCAACCUGCUCUAAGUUUGAAGCGGGCUCUAACUUUGAAGUUGGCCCUCCUUUGAAUGGUGAAUUUGACUAGACAAUCUCCACAGGUCCCUUCCAACUCAAAUUAUUCUAUGAUUCUCUGAACAAACUUGUAUAUUAUGAUAAAAAUGUUUCUUUUUUUUUUCUUCCUAAUUUAAUCUCUUCUGUAAGAAGAAUCUUAAAAGCAUUGUCCUCCACACAUCUAGAAAGAUAGCAUACUCUGUGUCUUCAUUUGCAUUAGAGGUCUCUGGCAGGAUAAGUCAGGAUAAGUCAGGCACCUUUGCAGCACUUUUCAGUUGCUUUUCUGCUGCAGCUUGAAUUACGCACUGCCUCCAGUUCUCACGUCUCCCUGUGACAUGAGUGGGAAUGUUAUUCUCUGUGGAGACCUUGUUAUUUGGCUGUCAAUGCAAUGGUUACAGCAAUGCAGUAGAUGCUGUAUUCUUCCUUCAAUUAUAUCUGGGAAUGGAAUUUCAGAGGUAUGUCUGUCAUCUGGUAGUGAGAAUCUUGCCUUGUUUCAGUCUGCUACUAAACAUGAAUGGGAUCUAAGUGGCACAGACCAUUGAGUGGACUCUUGCUACUAUGAAUGUAAAAAUAUAGCAAAAUCUGAGACAAUUCAAUUGCAUAGUGAAAGGCACCAGCUCAUGUUGUAAAUAAAUCAUUAAAUCUUCACUUGGUAUUGCAAAUAAGAUACUCUUGUACAUAACUGUAAACCAACAAAUAGGAAGCCAAAACUGUAACAGCUUUGGGCAUUUUCUUGAAUUGUACAUUACUUUUUUGUGUUGGAAGCAUAUUUGAUGUAUAAACACAGACACAUGGAGAAACUAUUAAAUUAGAUUGUUGGAAAACCCAUUAUACUGCUUGUUCAUUGUAACGUGUCCACUAUACUUUGUAAAUCAUUCACAGAAGAGACUAUUGCAUUCUAGGCUCUCGCUUCUCAGUUUAAACAGAUGCCUUACUAAAAAACACUCUCUGAAAGAAAGUUGAGACUCAUAAAUGAGCUUACAUUUGUAUCUGUGUUCCUCUAGGUGUCAGCAUCAUAUCCUCAUUAUAAGCCUUACAGGUAGGAGCUCAGACAGCUUAAAGGGGAAAAGAAAGUGUUUUCAAGAAAAGGCUAGAACAGUUUCUGCAAAAAAGCUGUUUAUGUAGGAAUACAUAUAAAAUAAAUGCCUCUUGGAGACCCU